AGCGUUCUUACGUCAUCACGUAAUGUUACGUCGCCCACUGUCAAGUUCCGGUCUCCCGGAGGCAGCUGUAAGUGGACCACCAACCAUGGUACUGAACCCCGUCAUCUCUAAACUGGUUGGAAAACUGGUUGUGUUGGCGAGCGCAUCCCCGCGGCGACUGGAGAUCCUUCGCAAUGCUGGGCUACGCUUUGAGGUGGUCCCAUCUUGGUUUAAAGAAACUCUUGACAAGCGACUUUUCAAGGCACCCCAGCAGUACGCUGUGGAGACGGCCAAGCAGAAAGCACUGGAGGUGGCAAGACGAAUGCCUUGUAAUCACCUUAAAACUCCAGACAUAGUGAUCGGAGCGGACACUAUUGUGACUGUCGAUGGCAUGAUUCUGGAGAAGCCCCAUGACAAACAGGAUGCAUACAGGAUGCUCUCACUUUUGAGUGGUAAAGAGCACAGUGUCUUCACAGGAGUCGCCAUCGUGCUCUGUUAUGAGAAUCCAAAUGACGAGGACUACCAGGUCAUUGACUUCUAUGAAGAAACUAAGGUGAAGUUCGCCGACCUCUCUGAGGAUAUGCUGUGGGAGUACAUUAACAGCGGUGAACCCAUGGACAAGGCAGGCGGCUAUGGCAUCCAGGCGCUCGGUGGGAUGCUGGUGGAGUAUGUGCACGGGGACUUUCUCAAUGUAGUGGGUUUCCCCCUCAACCACUUCUGUAAACAGCUGGACCAGAUUUACAACAAACAAGGCAGUUGCCACGGCGACACUGCUCCAACUCUGCCAGCAGCAGUUCAUCCGCUCCCUACCCCUUCAUCCACGCACACGGUACUUCCUGAACACCAGGUGGUGAACAGCUCAUCCGGAUACACUGAGGAAAUACAACCUGCGACUGACAACACUAGGCACUUCAACAAAGGUGAGGACAGCGAAGAAGCCAGAGAGGACCUACAGAAAAUCAUUCAACUGAUGGACGGAUUCAAAGCCUCCAAGGCACUGUUUACCGCUUCCAAGUUGGGCAUAUUUGACUUGCUCCAACGCAGACCGGCGUUGAAUGCAGCGCAGGUGGCCCUCGAGCUGAAAACUUCCCUCAAGGGAACGGAGCACCUGCUGGAGGCAUGCCUUUCGCUAAAACUGUUAAAGAGCACAAACUGCAAGACUCCGGCGUACGAGAACACAGAACUGUCGAAACGUUUCCUUUUGUCCGAGGCGCCAUCCUCCCUCCUGGGCUACUUGGAGCACUGCAACGAUACCGUGUGGCCACUCUUCAGCCACCUGGAGAGCGCUGUGCAGGAGGGCGUCCACCAGCACCACAGGACCUUCUGCAACAAGUCUGGCGGCUUAUCCCAGGACACAGUCAACAGGAGCCAGGAGGUAAAGCUUAGGUUCAUGAAGGCCAUGCACAGUUUCGCUCGAGUGUCUGGGAAAGCAGUGGCAACAGCCUUUGACUUGUCUGCCUUCAAGAGUGCCUGUGACCUCGGAGGCUGUACAGGUGCAAUGGCAUUGGAAUUCACCAGAGCUCACCCGGAGCUGUCUGUGACAGUGUUCGACUUACCGGCUGUUGUUGAAAUGAGUCCGCGUUUCCAUCCAACCUGCACUCAAGACAGGGUCACGUUUGUCGCAGGAGACUUCUUCAAAGAUGCCUUACCCAAAGCGGACUUGUACAUCCUCUCUAGAAUUCUCCAUGACUGUUCUGAUGAGAAAGUGCACUUCUUGCUCGGCAAAAUUGCAGAUGCAUGCACACCAGGUUGCGGCCUGCUGCUGAGUGAGAUCUUUUUGGACGAGGGUCGGACAGGGCCGAGUCGCGGGCUGCUCCAGGCCCUCAGCAUGAGCGAAGGCAGACAGAGGAGUGCCGACGAAUACGCUCUGCUUUUGAAGAGCCACGCUUUUGUUGCCACCGGUAUCAAACAGACGGAAAACCUGCUGGAUGCAAUGCUCUGCAUCAAAGUCUGACCACUCUCCAACAACCUACAGGCUGUGCUGUUGUAAUUGCUGAGACCAUGUUGGACGGGCGGUCCACCUGCUCAACCCUGCAGUCUCUCAACAUGCUGGUCCACACCAAAGACCUGGUGAAAAUGCUGCACUAGGAUGCCGAUUGCACCAGGAAACACAGCUUCGGAAACAUGCGUGUGGUACACCCGGGGAACUUUAAUGCAUUCAUUGUCAUUAAAAUGUGAGAAAAAUGAAACAA